AUGGCAACUUAUCAAGACAUAUACAGCUAUAUUCACGAUUCUCUUGCUCCAGACCUCAACAAAUACCAAUCAGGCAAUCUCGGUGAGCUAGUCAAAGGCAAUUUUACUCUUCCCAAAGAGAAAAUAAAAUCAAUGCCUCUGAGUUCAGUUCUUUCUGAAGCAUCUCCAGAUAACCGUGAAAAGGCUGAGCUUCUCUAUUACUCUUCAGCUUUUGUUGCAUCUAAUGAAGCCAGUCCUUUUUCCCUUGAUGAUGCUUCAAACUGCAUUUCUUGCCUCAAUUUCAUUAAGCAGCAUACCAACGAGCUUGAUCUUGAGCACUCGAUCGACAAUUUAAUCUUCUCCAUCACUGAUAGCGUCAGUGAAGCUCAAACAAUUGAAGUUCUCAUCAGCUGAAUUUUGAGGCUGAGAGAAAUUGUUUCACAAGUGGCACCCCAUAAUAUUGAGCCUGAUGAGCAAUGGAUAAAAAUCAGAAUUUCAGCACUGCUGUGGGAUUUAUUAAAAGAUAGAAGUAAGGACACUAUUUUAAAAGGAUUAAGAUAUCUAGCAAAACUGAAGAAAAACAACAUAAAUUUGGAAAACUUGGAAAGCUUUUUUGUAGAUGCAGCUUGCGACUGAAUAGAAGACGCUAACUCCUCUCCUCAAUGAGCAAACAAAAUCAUUGGAAAACCCUAUUUUUUUUUUGGUAAAAAAAAAUUUAUAAAAAGUUAUUUGGUAUAUAAAUGAUAAUUAUUAUAAUAAUAUCUCGAGCUAAUUCUGUUUAAUUUUAAUCAACUUGCAUUUAAAUCAUAAAUUUUACAAAUUAAAUUAAUAUUUAUUUUUAAAAAUUAUUCCGAAUUUGGAAAUUUUUUAAAUUGAAAAAAAAAUUACAUUAAAAUUUAUAUAUGAAUUUUUAUAAAAAAAAUUAACCCAUGAGCAAACAGAUUUUUAUUUUUGCUAGUAAAGGGGGGGAGUAAUGAUUUUAAUGGUAUAAAGCAAUACAUGGGAGAAGAAGUGAAAUUUGAUAUUGAUGGAGCGAGGAUUAUGCUUGGAAUUAUCAAAGAAAUUGAUAUGCAAGAAGAAGAGUACAAAGCAAGAGUGGAUACUCUUCUUGAAAAAUACAACUUUAUCCCUGCAGAAAUUGAUGAAAAUCUCCAAGGAUUUGCAAGAGCUCAAGCGUUUUCGUCACUUCCGAGCAAUAUUCUGAUUGAGCAGGUUACAUCUAGAGAAAAUAUAGAAAUAAUUGGAGAAGCAAUAUAUGUGUUUAGCCGUGGGCAAAUGACAACUUCAAUAUAUGAAGGAGUGUUAAAACUUCCUGGAAACAACUCAGUCAGAAUUGCAAUAAAAUCAGUUUCACACCCUAAUAAAGAAGAGCUUAAAACUAGCGAAGAUGAAGCUCAAUUCUUGAAAUCUUUAUCAGGCAAGCAUUCAUCUUUUCCUCUAUUCUAUGGUGAUUUUUAUGAUAUGGUUGAACAAAAGCAUAGAUACAACUUAGUCAUGGAGCUUUGCCGCAGAGAAACUCUUUUUGACGACAUCAUUGAAAGAAAAAAGACCCCAAGGUUUUAUACUGACGAAGAAUAUUUAAGAAUUAUGAACACUUUGAUAGACUGUGUUGUUUUUCUGCACUCCAAAAAGAUUUAUCAUAGAGAUAUAGCAGUCUCCCAAAUAGUUCUGCCUAUGGAGCAGGGUGAUGGAGCAAACUAGAGGCUAUCUUGAUAACUAAUUGUUGAGAAAACUCUUAAAGUGACAAAUUCUAGCAUCAGUUAUAUUCACCAAUUUGAGAGUUGACUCGCUAACCUGAGUUAACAAGUUAAGGUUUUAGGUUGUUCCGUCACCCUACUUCCUAUGCAGAGCUAUAGAUGGGAGUAAACUAUAUUAAGCCUCAAAAUAUUUUAUUCACAAUGAACUGGGAUGUAAAAGUUGUCGAUUUCAAUGUGGCGAAGUUUUUAGACAUGCCAACUGUCGGGGUUACUUCAACAGAAGAAUCUAUUGCAGGAACUGUUAAUUAUAUGUCUCCCGAAAUACGCGAAGCUUAUAAUAAUAGAGCGCAGAAAGGUGGGAACAAAGUAAAAACCAAAUUAUCAAAGUCUGAUGUGUAUUCUUUAGGCCUAAUACUUUUAGAAAUGCGGACUCUUGGAGACAUUACUGAUGUAAAUUUAAAAAAUGACCAAGCAAGAGCUAAACUCGCAGGUCUGUUGAACUCGCUUACGCCAGCUGGUGGAGUAAAUUUAAAAGUAUUACUGGAAAAUAUGUUGAAAGAAGAUUAUAAUGAAAGAAUCAACUCAAAGUCACUGCUUGGGCAUAUUAUUGCUGGAGUGACUGAAGCUAUUAAUUAA